AUGAAAAGAUCCGAUUCUGCGUCAAUUCGUUCAACACAACAAAAAACACAUCAUGAUAACAAUAUUGACAAAUUAACGGAAUUCAAAAAAACGCCAAAUUCUCCAUGUAGUAAUAGUAAUAAUAAUAAUAAUAAUAAUCACAAUACUCAUAAUAAUCAUAAUAGUAAUUCACCAACAUUUUCCAUACAUUCAGCACCAUUUCUUCUAAAUCAACAACCAAAUGAUACAACACAAUUAACACCGAAAUCCACAAUGUACGAUACAAGCAUUGGUUCAUUUUCUAUGACAAGUGUUAAAGAAAUAUUAGAACGUUUAAAAAUGGAAGUUGAAUUUGAACGUAAUAAACGUACCAUAAUAGCUAGACAACGUAAUCAAGAUAUACACAAAUUGACAACACGUUCAAAAGCUGAAAAUCGUCUCUUAUUGUGUGCAUUAAAACAUGCUGAAAAUAAAGCUAGAAUGUAUCGUGAUGAAUAUCAUAAGUUGAAAACUAAAGGAAACAAAAUCGAUUUGGGAGAGAAUUUGCGCGAGGUCACUGAAUCAGAAGGAAAACAAUGUGCUAUUGACAAUGGAGCUUAUAAAUUCUUGGAAACAUCAGCUAAAAAUGGUUCAAAUGUUUUGGAAGCAUUUACCGCUGCUGUACGAAGUGUUCUAGAACAAAUUCAGAAUGGUUCUAAUCCAAGUCAAAUGUCCUAUCCAGUUGGAAUUGGUCCUGCUCAGUUAACUCUUCCUGGAUCAAAUGAAUCUUGUUUAUUCAUUAUUAUAUCACAAAUCUUGUUUGAGUAUGAUGGAUGA